AUGGCCAACCGAAGGCGGCGAGAAAACCAAGUUUAUCGCGUGGACUGUGACCCCGAACCCCAAAGAGCCAACCCAGUUGUCGAAGAGGCCACCGGCGCUUGUGGGGGCGGCACGGCCAAGCGCGACCUUGACGGUAGAUCGUUGUGCCCUUUGAACCCUACCCCCAAAGUAUACAAUGCUGUUGCUGGAAAGGGUGCGGUGGCAAAUGUCGCUGCAGGAAAAGGAAGUGUGCCGGACAAGCGCAAGUCCUUUAGUGGCCGCCGAGUCCAAGGCGCAGUUGUCAAGUCCGGCAAGGGCAGGACUGGGACUGUGUUGAAAAGUGGGAACAAUUUUGCACCUGCAAAGGGUACCACAGCAUCUAAGCACUCCACCACUAGGGGAAACAGCAGAAUAUCUGGCAAAAAGCCUACUCGCAGCAUCAAGUUCUAGGCUGUUGGCCGGUAGCGAGACGAAACGAGGGGGCAAAACGGGGCUUUUGUGGAUUAGAAAAAAAAG